GUGUCCACUAUGCAUGCAUGAGAAGCUCUGCACUUUGUGAAUGGCCACCUGUAGUCUUCUGGGACCUGUCUUCAGUCUCUGGUCAUCUCCUGUACUAUGUCUGCAGUCUCUGGUCAUCUCCUGUAGUACGUCCGCAGUCUCUGGUCAUCUCCUGUAGAAUAUGUCUACAGCCUCUGGUCAUCUCCAGUACUAAGUCCGCAGUCUCUGGUCAUCUCCAGUACUAUGUCCGCAGUCUCUGGUCAUCUCAGGUAGUACAUCCGCAGUCUCUGGUCAUCUCCUGCACUAUGCCCGCAGUCUCUGGUCAUCUCCUGUAGUAUGUCCGCAGUCUCUGGUCAUCUCCUGUACUGUGUCCGCAGUCUCUGGUCAUCUCCUGUACUGUGUCUGCAGUCUCUGGUCAUCUCCAGUACUAUGUCCGCAGUCUCUGGUCAUCUCCUGUAGUAUGUCCGCAGUCUCUGGUCAUCUCCUGUAGUAUGUCCGCAGUCUCUGGUCAUUUCCUGUAGUAUGUCCGCAGUCUCUGGUCAUUUCCUGUACUAUGUCUGCAGUCCAUUGGCUCAGGAUAUUUUAUCUCUUGUUUUCCUCCUCUUA